UCUAGGCCCGAGGGGACGCCUUUCGAGGACGGAACUUUCAAACUGACAAUAGAAUUCACAGAAGAAUAUCCGAAUAAGCCACCUACUGUUAGAUUUGUCUCUAAAAUGUUUCAUCCAAAUGUCUAUGCAGAUGGUAGUAUAUGUCUGGAUAUUCUUCAGAAUCGUUGGAGUCCUACUUACGAUGUCUCCUCCAUCUUAACAUCCAUACAGUCUCUAUUGGAUGAGCCAAACCCUAACAGUCCAGCAAACAGCCAGGCAGCUCAGCUAUACCAAGAGAAUAAGCGGGAAUAUGAAAAACGGGUUUCUGCAAUAGUAGAACAGAGCUGGCGUGACUGUUGACCCAGGACGAUGCAAAUGAACACUCUGAUGAGGAAAAUAAAGUGUCUGAGUCAUCUUUUUCCUCCUAGCAUUUACUUUGAAAGCAGAAUAGCUGUUGUGCUGUUGCCACCCUCCCUUGCUGAAGCUUCUCCUCGGACAUCAGAAAGCACCCACUUUGAAGUCAAAUGUUCUGUACUUGGGUUACUUGCAAAAGAGUUACUGAUGCUGAAUUCAUUUUCUGUGGUCCUUCUCCAGUCUUAGGGCAGUAUUGUGCAUUUCUGUAGUGUACACUAAGCUUUUAAUUGUAAUUGUGUUAUACACAGUGAUGCUUAUGUGUAGCUUGAUAAAAGGGAUGUUUAUAUACAUACACAUUUUUUUAACUGAUAUUAACUAAAGUGCUGAUCUGUCCAGGCUGGUCAUUUACCUCUACUAUUGGUUUAGACCCCACUGCAUUUGUAAGUACUGAGUGAAGAAAUAACCUUGUUUCCCUUUUGUAUCGGUUUAUCAACUCCUUAUUCAUUGAGGGAAAAAAAAAAAAUCCCAACUCUUAAAUUGAUUCCAAUUCAAAUAGUAAGACUGUGGAAUGCUAGUUACUCUGCACUUCACAUGCAAGAUUUAUGUACAGAUAUACAUAAAUCACUACAGUUGUGGUACUU